UGAGAAGUUCUCCUCCUCCCAGAGCUAGAAGUUCUCCACUGUGGCAGCAGCAGUGACCCCCUCCCUCGGAAGACCCCAGCGACCAACAGGCCAGCCCCAGAGUCAUGGGCCUUGAGACAGAUCUGGAGACCAGCUCGGGUGGGAAGCCGGCCUGCCAUCAGAAGGCCAUCCCCACCACUCACCUCACUUUUGUCAUCGACUGUGCUCGUGGCAAACAGCUCUCCCUGGUGGCACCCCCGGUGCCGCCCCGAGCCCCAGGUCCCCAUCUAGGACCUGUCACUCCUCCAAUGAAGACCUAUAUCCUGUUCUGUGGAGAAAACCGGCCCCACCUGACUCAGGAGGCCCCUCUGGGUGGGGGACACCUGGCCCACGCCGGGGGGACCCUGCCACCCCGCAGAGGGACGGUGGCCCCGGUUUCCUCCCCAGUCGGUCCACGGGUCCCCCAGGAGGCUCCUGAAGCCAAGGGGAACCCCUUGAAGACUGUGCCCUCAAGAUCUUCAGCUUGGGGCACGGUCAUCGGCUCGCUCAAAGCCCUCUCCUCCUGUGUCUGUGGGCAGGCAGAGUAACUGGAAGAGCCUGGCCCUGGAGGAGGGGGUUGGCACAGCAGGUUCGAGAGCUCAGGGUCGGGGUGGGGGGUGGGGGUGGCUGCAGUUCCCAAAGCCCAGCCCUCUUUCCCCACCAAGCAGAAGUCUUUGUGCCCGAGCCAAGGAAGAGCAUUGGAUCAGAUCAAGGACAUAUGAAACAGCCACCAAGUACACACUCAAAGGUCUCCUCCUUCCUCCUCCUUAUCUUUGUUCACCUUUCACUAGAAGCAGGAUAAGGCACCUACGCAUGGAAAGAGACCAAUUCAUUCCUACAGCAAAUCCUAAUGGAGCAUCUUCUGCAUUCCAGGCUCUGCAAAGUACUAGGGAAGACACCACAACAUUCUUGGAGC